AUGUCGGCGCAGCACGACAUCAUGGAACAGAAUUCCAUCCCACAAUAUGAGCGGGCACACUCCGAACAUCCCAAAUCUGAUCGCGCGGAAGCUAAAAGGUCUGAUAUCAAGGCCUCUUCGAAGAACCGCGGACCGGCCUAUCCGCCCAAGAACCGUUUCCAGCCUUCUGUCGCUGACAAGGCUACUUUGGGGGACAAUGCCGCCCACAGCUACGACGAUGACAAGCUUUGUCCUAAGCUGCUCCCUGUAGCAAGACAGGAGUUCCGGGGCUGCAAGAAGCGUGACCUAGACAGACGGGCUAAAGCUUGGAAUAAAAAAGUCUACCUUGGCUUGAUCCCAUCACAUGACCUUUCUGGCACCGAAGAGUAA